UCAGCUUAUCCGCUGUUAAUUAUAGCCAGCGACCUGGUUUCAGCACUGCAGGCACUCAACAGCUCCCGCGGAGCUAAAGCCCUUGCGCUUAUAGAGGAGAGGCGCAGAGAGCGCGCGGCAUCCUGCCAACCCCAGCGCGCUCCACAAAGCCAAACCAACGGCGCGUUUCUCUUCACAGAGGACAACAGAGAGAGCGAGAGAGAAAACAUCUGAACCCCAGCUGAAGGAUGGCGUCAAAACGCGUAGGGAUGGUGGUUGUCCUUGCUGUGAUAGCGCAGAUCAGCGCGUUUCCCACACCUGCCGGACCCGACGAUAAGAGCAUGUAUAACCGAGAGCUGACUGAAGAGAAGCCAUUAGAACAGCAGAUUGCAGAAGCUGACAGCAUCAAGAAGGCAGAACCCAAGCCAACGCCACCAGCUGAGGCAGAGUCAAAAUCUGAGGAUGAAGACAUCACUUUCCUUAAGUCUCUGGCUGAGAAGUCCAAAGAGUCAAACAAUGAGACUCCCAUCUCAGAUUCUGUGGAUGAGCGAUACGGUACUGAUGAGGCCGACACUACCAAAAACAGAAGACUGGCCGAUGAUUAUGACUCUACUAAGAAUGGAAUGGACUACAAAUACCAAGAUGAUCCUGAAAGUUUUCGGCAGCUGGACGGGACCCCUCUAACAGCUCAUGACAUUGUCCAGAAAAUCGCCAACAAAAUCUACGAAGAGGAUGACCGAGGAGUAUUUGACAGAAUUGUGUCUAAACUGCUCAAGCUGGGUCUAAUCACAGACAGUCAGGCAGAGACACUGGAGUAUGAAGUUGCUGAAGCCCUGCAGGAUCUGAUCACCAAAAAUGCCAAAGAUAACAUGAUUGGAGACCUCAGUAUGGACUACCCUGUUAAUUCUGUGAAAGACACACAAAACAAUAUGGAUGAGGAAGACAGGCCCAGUCAACGAUAUGAUGACGAGGAUGAAGGUGAUGAUGAUAAUGGUGGUGAUGAUGAUAAUGGUGAUGAAGAACAGGAGGAGGAGAUUAGAGAUGACACAGUGAGGGCUGAAGACUCAUGGGACGCCGUGAGCGAUGGGAACGACAGAAACGAACUGAACCCUGAAGAUGGACUGCAGGACCUUCAGUUCUUCCCCAACUUCUAUAGACUCCUCAAGAGCCUCGACUCAGAUGAUCCUGAAAGUUUUCGGCAGCUGGACGGGACCCCUCUAACAGCUCAUGACAUUGUCCAGAAAAUCGCCAACAAAAUCUACGAAGAGGAUGACCGAGGAGUAUUUGACAGAAUUGUGUCUAAACUGCUCAAGCUGGGUCUAAUCACAGACAGUCAGGCAGAGACACUGGAGUAUGAAGUUGCUGAAGCCCUGCAGGAUCUGAUCACCAAAAAUGCCAAAGAUAACAUGAUUGGAGACCUCAGUAUGGACUACCCUGUUAAUUCUGUGAAAGACACACAAAACAAUAUGGAUGAGGAAGACAGGCCCAGUCAACGAUAUGAUGACGAGGAUGAAGGUGAUGAUGAUAAUGGUGGUGAUGAUGAUAAUGGUGAUGAAGAACAGGAGGAGGAGAUUAGAGAUGACACAGUGAGGGCUGAAGACUCAUGGGACGCCAUGAUGGUCAAAUAUGGAACCAUCACACCUGAAGAAGGAGUUUCUUAUCUGGAAAAUCUGGAUGCAAUGAUUGCCCUGCAGACCAAGAACAAGCUGGGCAAAUCUCUGGUUCCUCUUAGCAUUACACCCCCUACAGGAAAAGCAUUGGAUGAUGAUGACAACACCAAAACAGAAGCUGCCAACAUGCAGAAGGAGUAUGAGUCUCUCAAAGACUCGACCAAAGACGUCCAGACUGCUGCUGAAAUCAGUCAUCCUGGGAAGUCUGAGAGUUAUCUGGAGGCAAUCAGGAAGAACAUUGAAUGGCUGAAAAAACACAACAAGGAAAGCAACAAAGAAGAUUAUGACCUCUCCAAGCUGAGGGACUUCAUGGACCAGCAGGUGGACGCAUACAUCGACAAAGGCAUCCUUGAGAAGGACGAAGGUGACGUGAUCAAGAGAAUCUACGGAAGCCUGUAGGAACCACAAGUCCAGCUUCACAUGUAAUAGUGUAACAGUUAGACUAUCUGCUAAAUACUUGGACUGGGCAUACUAACACAGAUCCUAAUGCUUUAACUCCUAAUAAACAAGAUUUAGUCUGCAACUCAGACAGUAUUUCUGCAGAAUAAUUCCCUUCAGAAGGCAAUAUCCUCUCAGUGCAGUCAGCAAUAGAACACAAUCUAGUUCUAGAUAAGCCACAAAUCACAUUUGAGUUGUAUGUGUUCUUACGCAUUAGGACAGAAUAACAGCACUGGCUACUAGAAGAAUGAAAUUCUGUGGAUUUUUCGGUACGACUUGCAAAUCAGUGAAAAUAGAAGCUUUUGCACCUGUCCCUCUUUUGGAAUAGACUUUUACAGCAUCGUAUGCAUAUACUGUAUCUGUACGUAACAUUCAUUCAUGUAUGGUGUUUAGCAUUUUCUCCUCUUAUUUGAUGAAGCAGAAGAAUCUGUAUUAUUGUUUCUCAACCAACCAAAAAAAAAAAAAAAAAAA